CACAAGUCUCAACUCUCCAAAAAAAAAACUCGUACAAUCAACUACUCUAGUACUCUUUAUUUUUCUUAGUUCUUUUUUGAACAGAAAAAUUGAGGGAUGACUCCUAUGGAAGCAUGGCUAGCUGAAUUGACGCAGGUUGAUAAAAUAACAGUCUUAACAGAGACAAUCAAAUAUGUGAAGCAACUUCAAGAGAAAGUGAAGGUACUUGAAGAAAAGGCAGAUGAAAAGAAGGUUAUAGAGUCCAUGGUUGUUAUGGUAAGAGCCCAUAAAAUUACAGUCGACAACGAUAAUGAUAAUGAUUCUUCCUCUGCCAUGGGUGACAAUUGUGCCGAUGGGAGUGGUGGUUGUAACUCCAAUAUUGGUGAUAGUAACAACGAUGAGAAAGACACUAUCAAUCUUUCAUCACUGCCAGAAAUCGAAGUUAAGAAAUUGGGCGAGACGCUACUCGUAAAAGUAUGUUGUGCAAAACAAAAAUGGACUUUACCCAAAUUAUAUGCAGAGUUGUACAAACAUGAUAUAAGUAUUACAUAUUCUAAUGUUACACCCUUUGAGAGAUUGGCCAUCAUUACCAUAGUUGCACAGAUGGGGAGGAAUUUCAACAAGAAUGUGAAAGAUUUUGUUAAAACUCUUUGCACCACUCUCCGUGAACCCGUACGUGACGGUUAACUAGCCACGUUUUAGUCACUAACCGCGUCAUGCAUACAAUGAAUUUCACUAUCGGAUGUACAAUGAAUUGGUACAAUGAAUUUUCACUAUCGGAUGUACAAUGAAUAUCACGUUUUAAUUUUGUAAUUAGGUUUUUUUUUUUUUUUCUCUUUCAUUUUUUUUAAAUAACAAUUUUAAUAAAGUGAAGGGGCACGUGUUAUCUGACCCCUCUUACUAGAUCUAGGAAUGACAACGGGUCGGACUCGGAGCGGUUCAUGCUAAAUCCGACUCUAACCCUACAAGAAGUCGAAGGCUAAAUUUGACUCCGACUUCAAUAUCCAACCUCCAACUCCGACUCCGAGUUUUUUUCGGUUAUUCAAUAUACUUUGAGAAAUUGGGCUAUUUGGACCUUUGCAACUCACACCCAUUGCUGCCACUACCCACACCCAAAUCUAAGAUCCUUCGAAGUCGGACAUUUGUUGGAUUCGGAUUAUCUGUAGGAUCCGACUCCGACCUUCCUUCGACUCAGAGUUAGAUUAUUUUAACAGAAUCGGAGUCGGAUUACUUUUUUCCUCAAAUUGGGGCAGAUCCGAACAGGAUUGCCAUUCCUAACUAGUUCUGCUUAUGUCAAUUACUAAGAUUUUUUUUUUUUUUUUUUAACUUUCAAAUUUGUGUGCUGUAAUAACUACUUCUUUCUUCUCUAAAAGUUACUACGUAUUUAAGAAAUGAAGAAGAAUAAAAUGGAGUGCAAUGAGAUUUUAUGCACCUAGUAUGAGUUAAUCACUCUCGAACUACCAUUGUAGUAUUACGGAUUACGAGUUUUAAAAAAAAAAAAAAAGUUUCUAAUUUUGGCCUUGUAAUUUUCUAUUACUCCGUAUGAGAUUUUCGAGGAACACUGCUAACUCGCCUAACUGAUUCACUUACUAGCAGACUACUGUAGUAAAUACUUAGGGGCUGUUUGGUUUGUACAGGGUAAACGGAAUGGAAUGAACAAAGGGAAUGAAAGAAAUGAAAUGGAAUGAAAAUCCCUCAAAUGUAAUAUGUUGUUUGUUGUAAAAAAAACAAUGGGAAUCACUACCACCACUACACCAGCACCACCACACCCACACAACCCCUCUUUCUUCACUUUCUCACUUUUUCCAGCCACCCCAUUCCCGUCGCACCAGUCUCCGCCCUUACCUAACCCGUCGCCGGAACUCGCCGCCCCUCCCUAACCCUUCGCCGCACCCUGAAACCACUACACCACCACCACCACCACCACCACACCCACUCUUUCUUCACUUUCCCACUUUUCCAGCCACCCCAUUCCCGUCUCACUAGUCACCGCUCUUCCCUAACCCGUCGCCGGAACUCGCCGCACCUCCCUAACCC